AUGCAGACUUGGCCGCCGUCCCCCUGCGUGGAGGACGAAGAAGUGGCAUUAGCGAGGGAACACAUAUCUGACAUUACUCUACAUCAACUGAAAAACGAAAAUCAACCCGCGAGCAGUAGAGGCUCAGUGGACCAAUAUCCCAUCAUCCUCGAUAACAAAACUCCCGACCAAUCCUGCUCUCCAACAGAGAAAGAGUUUGUAUCAGAAGCCCUAUCUCCAGAUUCUCACUCGAAACCAGCGGUCAACAAUGAGAAGAGAUUCGUCCUCGUGCCUUCUCAGUCUUUGGAACCCGAGGCCGAAACGCAUCUUCGACCUGAGCCAUUGCAUCGACCCAAAUCGACAACUCAACUCUCGGAUCAGGCUGUCCCCAGAGGAAGACCUCAUGUCACAAGGAUACACACAGACAUCGGACCCGGCUUGGAGGGCAUGCGGACGGGUCACCGCCGUGCUCCUUCUCCCUACGCUCAUACCCCUGUGGCGUUGAUGGGCAAUCUGUCUGCAGAGCCUCAACGGAAAAAUACGUUGUUGUCGCCAAUGCAUGCCCACGAACCGAGAAGGUCAGCCUCCGUGCACCCUAGAUCGGGAGGUUUUGAUCGAGAUAGCAGUGACUCCGACCAUAGGUCAGAAUCCGACAAGGUCAAGUCUCCAAAAUCAUCUACGCGAAACGAAAGCCCCAAUGGCAGAUUUAGUCGCCGUGCCCAUCGAUACCGCAGCCCGGCACCGCCACCAGGAGGGUUUACCGGCUAUACAUACACGGGUCAAGAACAUAUUACGCCUCCUCAAACUCCCAAGCUCAAUGGCGACUCUGCUCGUUCAUCUUUCACUGACCACGCCUCCCUCUCCGAGCAGCCUAGCAAGCGCCAGACUUCAUCGAGAUUGACCGCUGAUUCGCCCUAUACCUCUUCCGCUGAAGAGAGCCAUAGCCGUCGUCCACGACCAAUUGAAGAGAGGAAAGUUGAUCGUGGGCUGCGGUCGAGACGAAACUCGAGAAAUUCUAGCGAAAAGGAUGAGAGACCAAAGUUAAGCCGCACCCGAUCUCGGCACAAUGACAUGACACUCAAAGAUGAGUCGAACCAAGAGCAGUUCCCGUAUGGUGAGCGUCCUUACCGUGAGACCCAGCCAGAGCUCUCUGCCCGAACGACGUCAGGUAUGGAGGACUUGCUCGAAAAGGCCUUUAUGGCGAACAACACCAAACAAGUCAACCAUGAGGACAGCUGUUCUCGGCAUGUAUCUCCGCGAGGCUCCCCGGCAACCAGUCCUCCGCAGACACCUCGAGGUGGUGACCCACCACAAAGGGACUAUUUUGAACAAACUCACAAUGGGUUAAGGUCGUCAAAGCAGCGGUCUCGUCCACAGUCGAUUGAUGAUACACAUUUCAAAGACAUUAAGAAUGUCACAUCCCUCCUGGGAGCCGCCACACUAGGCGCUUCUCUUGCGGCUAAGGCGAUCCCUGCCCUGUCUAGAUCAAACACUUCGCAGUCGUUGGAGACGCAAAGUAGCGGCUCUCAGAGCAGGCCAGGAAGCGGACAGCGUUCACGAAAGCCUUCUCCAGCCAUUGAAGAGUCUCAACCAGCUUAUCAGAGUCUGUCUAGAACAAACUCCACAGUAAAUCGAAAUGACAGCGUAAAUACGCGGACAACAACCUACAUGAUAAACGAAGAGCGCCCAGUGCCCAAAAAUGGGCUGUAUGCACCGUCACCUCUUGAGCCUCCUCGAACAGCAUCGAGAUCUUCUUCUUAUUCUCAUUCUCCGGAGCUGCGGCCUCCUGCGCCCCUCAGAGCCUUCUCUAGCGUGCCUGCUCAAGGGCAUCAACAACCACUUCAUUUCGCUGCCCAACCGGCGCUGAUGUCGAGCCCAAUGAACCUGGAGCCUCCGACAACAACGAAAAAGCCCGUGGACAACUUUGACAUUUGCUCGGCGUGCGUCAGGAAUAUUGACCUGAUUUUUCCUACGCUUCAGUUCUGUGUCUUCGAUCGACCGCAGGAGAAGAAAGAGCAGGAGAAGAUAUGCAAUCUGAACACAAACAGCCGUCAUUUCUUGCCCAUAUUAAAUGAGCUGGAGCGGCUAGCUGAACGCUCGAAGGAGACCAUGAGGCACAGGGAUUUCCAAGAGUUCGUGGAUUUUGUUCGGCGUGUUUCGCGCAAUCGGCACUGCGUGAAAGAUACCCUACUUGCUACCCAGUCAUGGCACUUUAUUUCCGAUCUUCCGGAGUUUACAAUCUGCGAAGAGUGCUUUGAAGAAGUUGUAUGGCCUCUCAGGGAUCGACCCAUUGCAAGAGACGUGUCCAAGACACUCAAACUUGUGCCUGUCUUGCGCAAAAACUCUUCACUUCGGGGAACAAGUUGCCAACUUUACAGUGACCGCAUGAGACGAAUCUUUCACGACGCUGUGAACCGGAAUGACUUUGAGAGCUUGAAAUCGGCGGCUAGAUACCGCUAUAACAUGGAGCAUCGACUGCAGGAGAUGCACAAACUGUACGAAAUGGAUUUGCAAGCCGGUAUCGAUCGGAGGGCAGAAAUGGAGAAGAAUGUCUCCAUCUGGAAGUCUAUUGAAUAA